GGCAUUAUUCUCCUGUCGUCGUCCUCCUCCUCCUCCUCCUUCUUGGCGCGUAGUGGAGAACUGGAGGUUCAUCCCAACCUCGAUUCGUUCCUUCUUUUCUUGGUAAGGAAGCCGUACUUUCCCUGGAUGGAGUGUUCUAGGAGCCAGUCUUGUUCCGCAGUAUCUUUUCUUUGCUAUGACCAAUCACGAUCCAAAUCUUUCUUGCUCGGAGGAAUACCCAAAUCCACCCAGUUUGUUGCGUGGUGGAGCACCAGUAGCAGUUUAUCUUCUAAAUUCUUUUGGGGGGUUCAUUUGAACCCGUCCGCCCCUGCUAUGUUCAAUCACUGAGUUAAGGGCAGUAUAGAUAAUUCAUGUAGCUGAAACUCACUAGGCCUGAUGGGAAGCAGAGACGGCAGCGGUGACAGCACAGAAGGCCAGGGCUAUGCUGCAGACAUCGAUUCCAUCAGGGAGGUGCAAGCCCGCAUUGCGCCGUACGUGCACAGGACGCCCGUUCUGUCGUCGACAUCGAUAGAUGCCAUAGUGGGGAAGCAACUGUUCUUCAAGUGCGAGUGCUUCCAGAAGGCGUGAGGAUUACGGACCGAUGUGUUAUUCAGUUCUGGAAAUGCUUUGUAUUUCUAAUGUGGUACUGUACUGAUUGUCUACGUGGGGAUAUUUGUGUUGUGUAGAGGAGCAUUCAAGAUCCGAGGCGCUUCGAAUUCUAUAUUCGCGCUUGAUGAUGAGCAGGCAUCGAAGGGCGUUGUGAGUUGUGACACAUAGCAGGUUCGGUGCUAGCUUCAGUGUUAUUUUUGCAAAAUUUCCAGAAAUCUGAAGAACGAAGAAGGUAUUGAUAUGAUGGUAUCUUCUCGGUGGGAAUCAUGCCGCUGCCGUGGCUUUGGCUGCAAAACUGCGUGGCGUACCUGCACACAUUGUCAUACCAAGAAGUGCACCAGCUUGUAAGCUUGACAACGUUAAGCGGUAUGGUGGUCAUAUUAUCUGGAGUGAUGCCAGCAUUAAAUCGAGUGGCGCUGUCCUUAUCCAUCCGUUCAAUAAUAAGUACACUGUCACAUGUGUUUUUCCAUGCAAAGUUUUUUUUGUUGAACUCUUCACCUAUUGUGUCAAAAUUAUGUCCAUUUCACAAAAUAAGGGGCCGUUUGGUUAGGGUCAAAGGGGGUCUAGCCAAAUUUUGAUUUUGCUCUGAAAAUUUGGUCUCCGUUUGGUUUUAGAAGAUUUACCCAGAAAUGCUAUAGAAAAAUUUAGACCAGCCAAAAUUUGGUCGUCAAAAUGGCGUUUGGUUUGAGGUCGAGCCAAAAUUUGGCUGGCUAAAAAUUUUGGCAGACGAUUUGGCAGCUCGAGAUUUUCCCAGAAGCGCUAUAGAAAAAUUUUGGCCGGCCAAAUUUUCGGAGCAUGACCAAAUUUUGGUCUUAAACCAAACGGAGGCUAAAUUUUCAUAGCACGAUCAAAAUUUGGCUUGGCUCACUUUGUCUCCUAACCAAACAACCCCCUCGGGUGGCCAAAUUGUCGGCAAAAAUUUUUGGCCGGCCAAAUUUUGGCUUGGCUUGAAACAAAACACUAUUUUGACAGCUAAAAUUUAGCACUGCCCUGAUUUGGCCUUUGGCCAAAUUUUGGCUUGGCAUAUUGGGGUCAAAAAAAACAAACAACCCCUUAGAGAUGGUUUCUACACUUUUUUUUUUUUGCUUAGACAUUGAUUCUAGUAGUUUUAAGUGGAUUUAUUCUACCACUCGUCUUCAAUUCUUUGUCAAUUAGUCCUAAUCCCUAAGUGACUGUUUUGAUGUAUAAGUAGCAUGUUUUUUAAAGCGUCGCCUAGUCGUCCAAGCGAGUUCAGUCUCUAGGCAUCGGCAGCGUCUUGCCAUCCGGGUGUAUGGCGUCCACCUUGAGCGUUGUGGCGUCGCCUAGGUGCGAUAAGGCGUCGCUUUGGAACCCAAUAGCUCAAUGCGGACGCCAUUCAAUGAAGGCGAGAUAGCAAGUGAGCGGGAAAAGAGGCGUGCGCGAGAAAAGAGGGGUGCGUUGCACGGAAAGAGGGAGGGAAAUAGAAAUAGAUUAAUAGAGAGAGGAAGGGAAAGAUGAGGCGGGCGGUUGAACCUGAAACUGACGGUAGAGGCGGAGUAGUGGGAUCUCAGAGUGCCUUCAGAAACAGAGAGAGGGAGGGGAAGAGGCAGCUCGGUGGCGGAGGGAUCCUUGCUCUAAUGUGUUCGCCUGCUCGGCGGUGGGAUCCCUGUUCUGAUGUGUUCGGCGGCAAGCCCAUUGAAAAUGGGGGUACAAAGUUUGCUAGCUGCUUUGUCUGCAAACAGCAAGGGCACCUGAGCAAGAAUUGUCCAGAAAACAAACAUGGCAUUUAUCCUAAGGGUGGUUGUUGUAAGAUAUGUGGUGAAGUUACGCACUUGGCGAAGCAUUGUCCAACUAAAGGGGAACAAGAUUUGUUAUCCUCCAGAGAUGAUGAUAUCAAUAUGGAAGAACACUAUCAGGAAGGCCGUGCCGUUCUCCAUGGUGGAGAUGAUCUUGAAGACGAUUUCAUUGAAGAAGAAGAGCCAAAACCCACCAAAUCGAAAAAGGCAAAGCAACCAAGUUCAAAAUCAGCAACAGGGACCGGAAAUGAUGAGAAGAACGCCAACACAAAGGCAAAAGUUAAGCAAGCUCCGAAAGUUGUAAAAUUCUUUGGCCUUGAAAAUCUUGCCCCCGUCCGCGCCUUCGCCAUUGCGCACCACCUCCCGGUCCCCUCCUCGCCACCGUCGAGCCCGGCUGCGAACUCGGCGUCGGGGAUGGCCGUGAGCGACGAGUGCAAGCACAAGUUCCAGGACCUCAAGGCCAAGAGGAGCUUCCGGUUCAUCACGUUCAAGAUCGACGAGCAGACGCAGCAGGUGGUGGUGGACAGGCUGGGGCAGCCGGGCGACACCUACGACGAUUUCGCCGCCUCCAUGCCCGCCAGCGAGUGCCGCUACGCCGUGUACGACUUCGACUUCGUCACCGACGAGAACUGCCAGAAGAGCAAGAUCUUCUUUGUCUCCUGGUCCCCGGACACGUCGAGGGUGAGGAGCAAGAUGCUGUACGCGAGCUCCAAGGACCGGUUCAAGCGGGAGCUGGACGGCAUCCAGGUGGAGUUGCAGGCCACGGACCCGAGCGAGAUGAGCAUGGACAUCGUCAAGGCGCGAGCCCUCUGAAGAGAAGCCGCGCGCGCGACAUGCCCCAGGAACAAGGCUGUAUUGCGUCGAUCGGUUCGUGCCCGACUGCCUGUACCCUUGUGCCGUUUUACACCGUCGAUCGGUGCCAGAGUUCGAUCUCUUACUCCGUGUAAACUACUCUAGAUCAUUCUUUUUCCGU